UGCUGCUAAAGUCCAAAAGUCCAUUGAAUCGGAGCUAAGCUAAAUCAUUAUUCGAUUUCUUCAAUGAUUGGCUUUCUUAUACUAUGUCGCGCAAGUUAAGCAAGCUUAAACCCUGACAGCUGUCGUGGAACCAAUUCGUCGCUGUUUCGCGUGUUGACGCGUCAAAAAUAGUAUCACCACCGAUGAUCAAACCGACCACCGGCCCUGACUAGCCAACAUCUGUAUCACGACCUUCACUGUAGACAGAAUCAACCGUUGCAACUCGGAAUACAUACCUUCGAAGUUCGAAUCUCAACAUGAGUGCCACAUCCAAGAGCAUCCCGCUUUCACUAGCCCAUGAACAACAAGGCUUCCGGCUUCUCGAGCUCCCAGACGAACUCGUCGACCUGCUCAAGAAGCCGAACCCCCCAAUCCUCCAACUCAAAUCCGCUGCCCCCAACCCCUCCCAAAAAACCUCCACCAUCAACGGUCCCCCCGCUGUCCUCUGCACCCCCUCCCAAACCUACCACGUCCGCCAACUCCAAACCUCCAACUCCAUCCACCUCACUCUCCCUCACCCCACUACCGAUAAACACGCCGCUCCCACCACCGAACUCCUCGCCCUCGCCACCUGCUCCUCCACCGUCGAACUCCUCCCUGCCCCCUCCGCCGCCCUCCCCGCCCUCUGCGCCCUCCUUCCCAUCUGGUCCGCCCUCCUCCCCUCCGAUGCGCCCCUCGCCGACGAUUUACGCGCCACCCUGCCCGACCAAGCGCAUGUCUUCGCCCGCGUACCGUUCUCGCAGGGAGAGUGCCUAGAUGCGUGGAGGGAGCUCGGGGCGUUCGAGUGGCGGGGCGGGGUGUUUCGCGCGUCGAUGGAGGAUCGGGUGCGGUUGUGGGGCGCGGUGGUAGAUGCGUGUGUGAUUGAGGGGUUUGUGUUGGGGGAGAUGUUUCAGGUGGGGGAGCUGUGGGCGUUGGUGGAGGAGGUGGGGGUGCCGAGGGGGAUGCUGGAGGGGUUGAUAGGGCAGCUGGCGCCGAUGGGGGAGGAGGGGAUGGAUGAGUGGGGGGUGGUGGAUGAGCGGCGGGCGGUAAGGUGGGUGGGUGCGGCGUUGUUGGAGACGCUGGCGAGGGAUCAGAGGGUGGAUAGGAUGAAGUUCCUGGAGCAGUGGAAGGAAAAGUUGCCGGAGAAAUGGACGAAGUCGGUUGAUAUUGAGUUGCUGAAGGAUAUCUCGACAAGCCCGACACCAUCGACCAUCUCGUUCAAAGAUCCAAAUACCCCGGCAGCGGAAGCGGCUGAAGGGAAACCCGGCAAGCGGAAGUGGCAUGAGAGAUUCGCUGCCAUGCGAAAACGAUGAAGUUUACGAUCCCAAUCAUGAGAAUUUGUGUCAGCCAUCAUGUCUAAUUAAGACUAGCUAUGUGAAUACGUAGACGACAUGCCAAUUCGGGCUAUCCGGGUAUGAUACAGAUAUUCUAUAGAUAUACUACCUAGUCUAUGCUAUCAGACAAAGCUAUUGUGAGCGAAGCAAUCAUCCAGUCUUUACGAGAACAACUCCAAACUCAAUCUUCGUCCAUCCUAUUUCCAACAUUCAAAGCAGUCCCAUCUCUUCCAACCUUCGAUUCCC